AUGGGCCCCUAUAUACCGCCUCCUCAUGCUGCUGCCAGGCCCCUAAUCUGCCAUGGGCCCCUAUAUACCGCCUCCUCAUGCUGCUGCCAGGCCCCUAAUCUGCCAUGGGCCCCUAUAUACCGCCUCCUCAUGCUGCUGCCAGGUCCAGAGUCUCUCAUGGGUCCCUGUACGGCCUCCCAUUGCUGCUGUCUCCAUCGCCACACUCUGCCAUGUGCCACUUUCAGGUCUCCUCACACUGCUGGUGUGUUGAAUUUUUUGACAUAGGGUGCUGGCAGAUUACGGGCCUCCCAUAGCUGCUGCCAGGCCCCUAAUCUGCCAUGGGCCCCUAUAUACCGCCUCUCUCCUCAUGCUGCUGCCAGGUCCAGAGUCUCUCAUGGGUCCCUGUACGGCCUCCCCCAUUGCUGCUGUCUCCAUCGCCACACUCUGCCAUGUGCCACUUUCAGGUCUCCUCACACACUGCUGGUGUGUUUGAAUUUUUUGACAUAGGGUGCUG